CCUUUCCUUACAAAAACUUUUCUUUGUCUCUCCUUUACGAUCAUUGUGCUUCAUUUAUAAGAGCAAACUCAAGAGUAUGUGAUCGUAAUGUCAAAGCACCAAACUUGAAAAGAAAACAUCACCCAUUUCUAUCCUAAUGAAAUGCUCAACAGCAGGAACAAAAAAUUGUCUUAACUCACUCGUUGCAUCAUUUCUCCAGACCUCAGGCGUCAAUUGAUCAAGGGGCAACCAUGAUCCGCACAUAAACUUGGUUGACGUCCCGCUGACCAGUUGAGGUGAUUCUCCUCCCACCUUUUGGGUCAACAUCAAUAAUGUUCAUAUUAAGCAACUACUCUUGCAGAAAUGGAAAGGGCGACUUCCAGAGCUCGGGAGGGGAGAGAUUUAGUUCGAGAGGGAAGGAGAGUUUGAUCCUCUGCUGUGCGUCCAAACCAAACUCUUGAGUAACCCAUUACAUGGUAGGUGUUUAGCCGUCUCCAAUAAAACCAACUUAUAAGAGACACCGGCCAGAAACGUUUUGCUUCUCCUUCAAAAUAUAUUUAUGAUUCUCUUAAAAUUCAUAUAUAAGACUCGUAUUUGAUGCAAAAUAUGUAAAAGCUAUAUCCAAUGUCAACUGGCGAAAAAUAUAUAUCUCUUUUAAGCCUAUCGAUGGAUGAACAGGAAUGAGCAGUGAUUUUAUCCCGCUUAUGCCAUUCUCUGUUCCCUUUUCCUUCCGAGUUCCCUCCCUCAAGUCUCAACUCGAACCCUCUCUUUUCUCUCUGUCUCCACCUCAAGGCCCUUGCCACCGUCAGCAACCGCGAAGCACACCGAAUAGGAGGGUUUUGUCGUCCCUCGCUGUCUGAUGCCUCUUUCUCCAACAAAAACCAAAGCCCAUAGAGAGAGAGAGAAUGUGAGGCUUCCGAAUUUAUUCCUAGGGCUCGACGGAAACCACCUCUCCACGGUUGACGGCAGCCAGCUUGACGGAAACUCUGCUCAGAGGCUUCUGAUUCUUCACCUAGGGUUCUUCACGAUCGACGGAAACCACCUUCGGAAUCUUCACCGACGACAUCUUUGCCUAUGGUUUCUUUCUCAGCACGCCAUUUCUGCUUUCGAAUGUAUUUCUUGGGUUCGAUGGAAAGCACCUCUUCACAAUCGACGACGGCUAGCUCGACGAAAACUCUGCUCAGAGGCUUCGGAAUUUUUACCGAUGGAAUCUUCGCCUUGGGUUUUGGCAGCCGCGGAGCGCGCAAAACAGUAGCCUUCCUUCAAGCAGCAGCAGCUUUCUCUCGGUUUCUCCUAUGCUUCCCUCCUUCAAACCACCAAAUAUUUUUACCCAACUCACAAGCUUGGCGAAGGUGGCUUUGGACCCGUAUAAAAGGAGAAGCUUUUGAAGGGAAUGAAGAGGACAAGGCACUUCUGGGGUUGCUUGAUGAGUUGAAAGAUCAGGUGGCAUCGGAAAGUAGCAUACCUCUGUCACCCCAGUGGCUUUUUGCCAAACCAACUGAGCCUAAGAUGGUAUUGUGACACGUGAUGAAAUAAUUGGCUUGUACUGGGGUUUUGUUCCCAAUGCUUUAAAAACCCUACCAAGUAGCAGGUUUGGAUUAAUAGCAGUUUCAUUUCAUAUAGAAUGUGACCUUGGAUUUUUUUCUUGUAUUGAUUGGUUAGUACAGUAGUAUAAUUUGUGCAGUCACUUUUAAAAAUUCCAACCAUGCUUCUUGCAUAAUUGAGUGAUUCUUAAAUCUUUGGUCUCUUUCUUUUCUUUUUCUCAAGCAAACGAAUAGAAUUUUAUCAUUAUCAUUUUUCCCACAGUUUGUACAUGAUAAAUCAUUUGAGAGAUGAAUUUUUGUGGCAGUAAGGAAAUAGGAUGCCGAUUCUGUCUGUGGAAAUCAUUUUCCAUCAAGAUACCAGCUCCUUAUGUUGAUUAACUAUGAUCUGUCAAGACUUUAGCUUGCACUGAUACCUUGUUUGAAGGUUCUGUUUUGUUAUUCAAUCAAUUAUGCUCAUUUUGAACUCUUCCCAUUUCUUGUAGUAAUAACAUAAUUGAAGAUGAACUGAUGACUACUGCAUAAUGCGCAUGGAAAUGAUCUACCUGCAAUGUACUGAAAUGAA